CAACAGGAGAUGCAGAUGCAAGCUGCAGGGUGUGAAGCAUUGCAGCUAGCAUGGGAUUAACCCUAAAUUCAUCUGGCUGGAAGUUGGAAAAAGAAACUUCUCAUGGAGAUAGUGUUUUUUCAAAGCUCGGCCCCAGAGGUUCCAAGAUUUAUAAACUUGUGGGUGAAGUUGAUAUAGAUCCAAAAGCAUUAUUCACAGAGAUGGUGUAUAAUUUUGAAAACAUGCCUACUUGGAACAAAGCUGUAACUUUGGGUAGAAUUGUACAGACAAUUGAUAGCUCAACAGAUGUUGUCUAUCAAGUGGCAUCGGAAGGUCCGGGUGGUGUUGUCACUGCUCGAGAUUUUGUAAAUGUUCGUCAUUGGAAAAAGAUUGGUGACAACUGGGUUGCUGGUGGGAUUGCUGUUGUUCAUGAUGAUGAACCUCCACAGAAAAGUAUUGUUCGGUAAGUAGAAUUU